UCCAAACAAAGGGGCACGUUCGAACCUAAACUAGCUUCAAUCGCAUAUUGCGAGUGGGUCAUUUGUGGGAAAUUUGUUAUUUACUUUCCAUCCUAUCCAAGAUGUCUGUGAAACGAUUGAGUUUAAAGAUUAUCAAGCCAGGCUUUACAGCUGCAGCAUCUACCAGAGCAUUUCACAGCAGUCCAUCCAACAGAUCUUCCCUGGGCUUUCACCCUUGUCCAGCAGAACUAACAAAAGAUGACAAAGUUAAGCCUAUUGUUGUGUUAUUUGGAUGGCUGCUGGCGAAGAGCCGCCAUUUAGAAAAAUAUGGCAGUAUUUAUCACAAACAUGGAGCUGAUGUUAUGACUGUCAAACUGGAAGUGGCAGAGGUAUUGAGACCAAAGAAGGCUGAACAGACGGCAGUUGACGUUCUUGACCGACUGACCACGUCACACACCCAAAAACGUCCAUUACUAGUGCAUGGCUUUUCCGUGGGUGGAUACUUGUAUAGCCAAGUACUAAACCAAAUGGUUAACAAUAGCAAGUACUCCCCUGUGAUAGAGAGGAUUCGCRGCCAGGUUUUUGAUAGUCCUGUUGAUUUCCAAGGGAUUCCUCAUGGGGUUUCAAAUGCUGCACUUAAAAACCCAGUUCUGCGCUCACUUAUGAAGAAUACCAUUAAAGGGUACCUCAAAGCAACAGAAAAAUACACAUCCAAGGUUUAUAUGGAGCGAUCAGAACUGUUCCACAACAAUCCUGUGCAGUCUCCCUCAUUGUUUUUGUUCUCAAAGAGUGACGAAGUUAGUGAUUCUGUAAGGUGCCAAGCUGUUGCUGACCACUGGAAAAACAGCCUUGGUAUAGAUGUGCAGUCAAAGUGCUGGGACAAAUCUCCCCAUGUCUCACAUUUCUAUGUCCACACAAAUGACUACAUUGAUACAGUGAACAGUUUUGUUGAUCAAGUCAUGAAACCUCACAAUCCACCAUCUGUACAAAAUCAAUCUCAGUAAUUAAUGAAAAAAUGACAAUCUUGCGACUGGCCCUACCUUUCCCUCCAGACUCAGUAAAGGUGAGUGUUUUGGGAUUCCUUUGGACGUGUGUAGAUUGUAGCUGGAACCGAGUAUGCAGGAAUAAGGGAGAGGAAUAGGAAUCCCAAAUCAUUUGCCUUACUGUUGUUCUUUUCUAACAAUAAACACUCAAGUUUGUCAACCAAUCAGAUUACAAAUUGAAUUCGAAAACAAUAAAAUUUGAGUUACAUGUAUUGAAAGUCUGUAAAAGCUAUUUGAGGAGAUGAAAUAAUAUAAGAGAAAGAAAAAAUAAAAUUACAUUAAUUUUACACAAAUAAAAAAUGAAAUAAAAUAAACUAGUUGAGUGUUGACGGUUAGUAGAACGACUCACAGUACUUUAGAAAUCAAGGGUGAUGGUAGAACACUUGCCUCUCGCCUUCGAGUCUUGGAUUCUAUUCUUGGACUCGGCGUCAUUUCAGUAGAGUUUGUUGCGACUCUUUCUUAAUUCGAGAGUAUUUUGUCUAGGUUCACUGUCGUUCCUACCUCUGCAAAUUCCAUUUCAAUUUGUGAGUAAACUACAGUAUGUCCCAUCUUAGACCUAUAUUAUCGAUAUAUAAUAAUAACAAUCAUAACGAGAGGUUCUCAUUUGGUGCAUUUAUACAACAUCUCAAUACGCUUUACAUUUAUGGUCAGUGGAGGACUUAACAGGCUGCAUAUUUUAAUAUAAUAUUGAUAAAAUAAAUWAAUUAAAAUUUUGAUAUUUGAAAAGGCGUUAUUAGCAGCCGUGCAGCUUAUAAUCAUGAGUGAUUUGUUAGUACAUUAGUGUUAAGUAGGCCGUGCCCUGACUUUGAUCAGCCCAGAGGUUGUUUCAGGCUUUGACAAAGUUGAAAGGUUUUUUUUAAACACUACAUUAAGAUCAAUAAGAUAGCGAAUGGUAAAGCCAUGACAUAUAUAGCACUUAAAUUAUUUUAAACUGGAUGAGUGAAGUGAAACAAUUUCAGAAAGGAAAAUUCAAACACAGAACUAAAAUGUGACAUUCAAAGUUGAAUGAGAAUUCCAGAUUGUUAUUUAUCAUGGCAUCAAGUCAUCAUCUUGUAAAAUAUAAGCAGAACUAAAUAAAGGAUAAAAAUGAU